UCGAGACGCGCGUUGGGUGCGUCCAUGGCGGUCCUGCGCCAACAGGAGCUUCUGCGCAUCGUGUUCACGUACCAAGACGGCGUCUUUGAGGAGCUCUUGCCGCAUGUCCAUGCGUGGAAGCUCUUCAAGUAUGCCAACCAGCGCGCUGCGUGGCUCCUCCUGCACUACGCUGGCCUGCACUGGCUCCAGCGGCUCUUUGCCUGUUGGCCCAUCGCCGACUCGGUCGCGCUCAUGGACAUGGCGGCGAGCCACGGGCAGCUGGAGCUCGUGCGCUACCUCAGUGCCCACGGUGCGUCGGGGUGCACGGCGCAUGCGAUGGACGCGGCGGCGCGCAACGGCCACGACGACGUCGUCCACUUUCUGCAUGCGACGCGGUCCGAGGGCUGUUUGCGCUACACGCUGGACCACGCCGCGAUGAACGGUCACCUCUCGAUCGUGCGCUUCCUCCACGACCACCGAAAUGACGGCUGCUCGACCAACGCGGUCGACUACGCCGCUCGGAAUGGCCACAUCGACGUCGUCGCGUUUCUCUUGCAGUGCCGCCACGAAGGCUGCACGCACCUCGCGCUCAAGUUUGCAGCGCAAAACGGGCACUUGGACGUGGCCGCCUAUCUGGUUGGGCACGCGUCGACGGCGUGCAUCUUGCUGGCCAUGUUGACCGCGAGCGCCUAUGGCCACGAGGACGUGGCCGCGUACCUGCGCGACGCGCAUCCCAAAGCCCUCUGCACCGAUGUACACUGUGUGUUUCAGCUUAUCCCGGUCGUCUUGCCUGUCGAAUGACAAGUGCCAUUAGAUGAGUUUGCCUUUUGAGUUUGAAUGGCGAGGUUGCCGUUUG